AUGCAUAAUACACUUGAGUUACAUGGUAAAGAAAGUGGUCAGAUAUGGCAUCGAAAAGGAACAGGGAAAAACGGUCUUCUUGUUAAUGUUCUACAUUCCAUAUUUAAUGUUGCUGAUGUACCUUUAAAAACAGUACAUUUUUUACAAGCAGGAUUUGAUCGAAAUGGUGAACGAUUAUUAGCUGUUGAUCAACGUGGAAAUGUUUAUGUUUUUGAUCUUAUUCGAAAUAAAUUUGAACUUGUUCAUAGAACAGGUACAAGUUGUACAGCAGUUGCAUUUAAUUUACGAAAUCCGUCCGAAUUUUUAAUUGCUAUGCCUGAUUUUACAGUAAAAUGUUUUGAUGCUGACAAAAAAGAAUUCGUUGCUUGGUUAAAAGGUCAUAUGGCACCAGUUAAAGAAAUAUCUAUUGAUAGUAAUGGAGAUUUUUGUAUAACAACAUCAGCUGAAAUAGCUUUUCUAUGGGAAUUAAAAACAUUUGAGAGAAAACGGAAAUUAACAAUUACAAACAAAAAUGAUGUUUGUCUUUUUCGUGCUUUCUUUUGUCCCGUAUCAAAUUAUAUUUUAACAUGUUUUCGUGAUGAUUCUAUCCUUGUAUGGGAUGCAAAAAAUCUUGAAUUUAAAUAUCAAUUAGUUGUACCAGAAAAAAAUCCACCAUUUUAUCGAGCAUUUGCUGUUACGAAUGAUGGUAGUAUACUUGUUUGUGGUGGUAAAUCAAGUUAUUUACAAAUUUGGAAUUUAGAAACACAUAAAUUAAUAAAAAUAAUUGAAUUACCAAAAGCAAUAAAAGAAAUUAAAGAAAUGGGAUUUCUUAGUCAAAGCUUUGAUGGUGGUUCACAUAAAAUCAUUGCUAUGCUUUGUCAAGAUGGUAUUCUUCGUUUUGCGGAUAUUGAAACGUGUCGUGAUUUAUUUCAAAUUGGACAAGAAAAUGAUUCUAUUCAACAUUUUCUUCUUUCAUCAAAUGGAAAAUUUUGUACAUGUACACUUGUAUCAGGUCAAUUACACAUAUAUGAUUUAGCAACAACAUGGAAAGAAUUAAAUCGAGCACCAUCACCAAUUGUUCGUGCAUUACGUUCGAAUGAAGAUUUUCAUAAUGAUACUAAUAGUCAAAUAACAUGUUCCAAAGGAUCAACAACAACACAAAGUUCGAGAUCACGAAUAACAUUAAGUACAAAUACCAUAACAACAAAUAAAUUAGCUAUUAAAAAACGUAGUCAUUCAGCAUCAGAUCGUCUUCAAUUAAAACAACAUUAUGCAACAAGAAUAUCGGAUAAAACAAGUAUAUCAUCAUCGACGCUGGAUCAAUCAGCGUUUCGAAAUUUACCUGAAGGUUUAAAUUUUAAAAAACUUUAUAAAAUAUUACGAUUUUAUGGUGAAUAUCCAACAAAAUAUCGAGCAUUCAUUUGGCGAUGUCUUCUUCGUUUACCGGAAAAUCAUGGUGCUUAUGCUGCACUUGUCGAGAAAGGUGGACAUUUAACGUUUGCUAAAUUACAAGAACAAUAUCCAUUAAAAAGUCGAAAAUUAUUAAGAAUUAUGCAACGUGUAUUAUCAGCAUUAGCUCACUGGUCAUCAAUAUUUGGUGAAACAGAUUAUUUACCAUUAUUAUCAUUUCCAUUUAUAAAAUUAUUUGAAAAUAAUCAACUUAUUUGUUUUGAAGUUAUUGCUACGGUUCUCUUUAAUUGGUGUCAAUUAUGGUUUAUGUAUUUUCCAAAUCCACCAGUUAAUAUUUUAGGUAUUAUUUUAAAUUAA